AUGGCAUCCGCGGUAACCGAUCUGGAGGCUGGCCUGCAGGCCAUGCUUAACCUCAAGCCUCCUGGUGUAUCCGGGUCUCGCAUCUCCAGUCUGACAACUCUCUGCUCCGAGUCUGUACUCAUCCAGAAGAUUUAUACCCACUUCAAGAAGACGCCUGGAACGCACAAGUUGGGGGUUCUAUACGUCGUAGACUCUGUAACCCGCAAGUGGCUCGAGCAGGCAAAGUCGCAGGGUCAGGCAGUAAACGGCUCGGCCCCGGAUGGCACAUACGCUGCUGGCGUCCACAGAGUGACCGAACUGAUGCCUGUACUGAUGAAUGACAUUCUUCAGACCUGCCCCGAAGAACAAAAGGAGAAAAUAAGGAAGCUGCUUGACAUCUGGGAGAAGGGCCAGACCUUCCCCCCUUCCAUGGUGGAGUCAUUCCGCGAGAAACUGCAGAGUGCACCUCAAACAGAGACCACGACGACACCCCCCGGCACCCCUCCUCCCGGCCUGGCGGCUUCUAUGCAAGGCCCUGUGCCUGCAUCUGCACCUGCAUAUGUCCCCGCUCAGGCCUCGGGCCCGACUCCGGCGGCCCAGGACAGCCAGUCGAUCCUGAAUGCCCUGGCCAACCUUGCGCGCCAGAGCACGUCGAGCACGCCUACGCCUGGAGCUCCGGGUGCUCCGGCCCCUCCGGCACCGGCGGGGCCGCCGUACAGCGUGCCUCCUGUGGUCGGGCUGCCGCAGCCGAUGCCCUCGGCCGCGUCGCAGCCGCCCCUGCCGACGGCCUCGUACCUGCCCGUCUCGCAGCCUGCUCCGGGUCUCCCGUUCUCCCUUAGCCAACUUCUCAGCCAGGCCGCCACGCCUAGUGCUGCCACUCCUCCUCCGCCCGCUCCUGCUCCCGCGUAUCCCCCCAACCCUCCUCAAUUCGCUGGCGCCGGUGCCGCUGCACCGGGCGGGAUGGGGCUGGAUCCGCAGCAGCAGCAGCAGCUGCUUCUUGUCAAGGCAUUUGCCGACCAGGGCAUCCCCAUUGACAAAAUCCCCGCCCUGCUCCAGGGACUGAGCGCUACCGGCGCAGUCCCCGGCGCGCAGCCCCCUACCGGCCCGGCCCCUCUCCCGCAGGCGUCGUACCCUGCGUGGGGAGGCGCCCAGGGUAGCCGCCUAGAUGAGGCGCGUGACUGGAGAGCAGGCUACAACGGAGCAGGCAACAACUCCCCCGGCCACCACGGACGGUCGAGGUCUAGGUCGCCGGACCGUGGCUGGAACGGUAGGGGAUCUCCCCGUGGCGGUGGCCGCGACAGGCUAGACUAUGGCCGCAACACGCCGCCUCGCGGUCGUGACGGUGGCCGUCGCGGAGCCGAAUAUAGGAACCGUAGCCCGGGCCGUCGCCGUGGCCAGAGCCCUCCCCCUGCUGAGAAGUGGACGGAGCACGACCCUACCCUGCCCUCCGGGUCCAUCAAGGUCCUGAGCCGAACGCUCUUCGUCGGUGGUGUGACAUGCUCCGAGGCCGAACUGCGCAACAUCUUCAGCCGCUACGGUACCGUGCAGACGUGCAUCGUCAACAAGGAUAAGCGCCAUGCGUUUGUCAAGAUGCUCACGCGCGCCGACGCCGAGAGUGCCAAGCUUGGCACCGAGGACAACCGGAAUCUGGAGGUUGCCCUUCGUACCCGUUGGGGAGUCGGCUACGGGCCCAGGGACUGCAGCGAUUACGCCACGGGCGUCAGCAUCAUCCCCAUCUCGCGCCUGACGGAGGCGGACCGCAAGUGGAUGCUCACGGCGCCCCAGGGUGGCAGCGGUGGCAAGCCCCUCGUGACGGGCCUCGUGGUCGAGGAGCCCGACAUCGAGAUCGGUGCGGGCGUCUCGUCCAAGGCCAUCAGCCGUCGCAUGCAGACGGACAAGGGUGGGGCCCACGGGCCCAAGUCUACGCGCAACCGCGGCCGCGACUCCGGUGACGACGGGUAUCGCGGAGGAUCCGCUGACGACUACGGAAACAACGGCGGCAACAGCGGCGGAAACCACCGUGGUCGCGAUGGCGGCGGUGUUGCCGGUCAGGCAGGGCAGGCGGGACAGGCGGGACAGGCGGGAGCGUUCCCGUUUGGCAUCGGUACCCUGCCAAACGGCAUGCCGAAUUUCCCUUCCGGGUUCUCGUUUCCCGAUCCGGGUGCCGGUCAGGGCAAGUGGGCUUAG